AUGGAUCGUAAUGGACUUAUAGACAUCGGAUUCACAGGGCCAAAGUUUACUUGGACAAACAACAGAAAAGGAGUUGCUCUUAUUAAAGAAAGAUUAGAUAGAGUCAUUGUCAACCAAGAAUGGAGACUUCUCUUUCCUGAUGCUUCUCUGCAACACCUGGCUUCCUCAGCAUCUGACCACCACCCCAUUCUACUCAACACUUCAGCUAAUUCGAGAUAUGCUUCAUCCUUUAAAUUCGAAGAAUUCUGGACCCGGGAGUCGCUGAGCAAACAAAUAAUUCAAGAAGCGUGGAACUCAACUUUUCAAGGCAAUCCUUCGUACAUUCUAUGCAAGAAAAUAAGCUCAACAAAGGAAGCCUUAAAAAAGUGGAACAAAACUCAUUUCGGGCGCAUUCAGAAUAACAUCACCCAGACAGAAAAAGAAUUGCUAGAAGUUCAAAGUAGCACGCCAACACCAAGGAAUCAAGAGCUGGAGGUUAUAUUGCAGAACAAAAUUCACAAAUUGAGAGCAAACGAGGAGAUACUAUGGAAGCAAAAAUCCCAUAUUACUUGGCUCACUUCAACGGAUCUCAACACAAAAUUCUAUCAUCUGACAACCACGAUUCGCUGA